GAGCCUGUACCAUCAUUUUAAUUUCGAACCUAUUACCAAAUGAAAGCCUGCUAUUCCAUGUUCAACCACCCUUACCGUACGUACAUAAUACAUAAUACAUACAGAGUACAUGUCGACGGAGCCUUGUCAGUAAUAAUAAGUUACGAGGCCGAAAGUGUCCCAAGAGAACAUCGACAUUCGAAAUCCUCCAGACCGCACCAUAUUCUCACCAUGGUUGUUUAUUCCUUUUACAUAUUCGAUAGGCAUACCGAAUGCAUCUAUUCCAAACUCUGGCACCGCAAUAAUGACCGACCCCUCUCCACCACCGGCGCAACUGCGCGACCCAUUUCCGGCUCCAGCAACUCCAGCGCCGUGCCUCCUCUCAAUGUUCCAGAACUUGCCGUGCCGAAGAGUCGCCCCGGGAAGUUGAGCGCGCAAGACGAUGCGAAAUUGAUAUUUGGAACCAUAUUCUCGCUGCGGAAUAUGGUGCGGAAGUUAGGAGGACCGGACGAUAGCUUCAUAUCAUUUCGAACGGCACAGUAUAAGUUACAUUACUAUGAGACGCCAACAAAUAUCAAGUUCGUGAUGCUUACCGACACACAAACUCCAACUAUGAGGCAGGUGCUACAUCAGAUAUAUGUCAAUCUUUAUGUGGAAUUUGUUGUCAAGAACCCGCUGUCCCCCGUCGAGCACCCUGGAGGCGAAGGGGUUGCAAACGAGCUCUUCGAGCUGGCCCUCGACCAAUUCGUUAAAGGCGUUCUCUAAUGUCUAAUGCGCGUUACGAACUUGAUGAUUUACACGCAGUGGAUAUUCAAUGUCGCACAGCAUUUAAUUUGAACUGUAAUUCAAUAAAACACAGUUGCAGGUCGAGGCGUUUGGGGGUUCUUGGAGUCGAGGUUAAAGGGGGCACAUCAGUAGAAUGGGCAGUUGAUAUAGAAGCUGGCCUGAGAAAUUGUGGAAGUCGAAAUCCCGAAUACGCCCAGUCUUGGGUUGGCCAGAUAUCAUCGUCAAAGCCGACUGGGAUUAGAUUUGAUAAUCAAAAGGUUUCCACGAUGAUGUCUCACUUCAUUCUUUAUUGUCCAGGAUGGAUUCGAGAAAUCAAAUGAUCUCCUAUUUUUAGGUACUUCGUAUCCUGGACAUUGAAAAUCAAAUCAUAGCAUGUACAUCA